AAGGGCUUGUCCUCACAUGUGAUUAGUGGGUGUGUGUGUCGUUUCCCCUCAUUCAGUGCGACGUUUUAUUAAAGUUGUAAGAUGGCGACGGUGCAUCUGAGGAUCGGGGACCUAGUGUGGGGGAAGCUUGGCCGUUACCCACCAUGGCCAGGAAAGAUUGUAAGCCCUCCCAAGGAUCUGAAAAAGCCCAGGGGCAAAAAAUGCCAUUUUGUGAAAUUCUUUGGAACGGAAGACCAUGCCUGGAUCAAAGUAGAACAGCUGAAGCCGUACCACGCCCACAAAGAAGAGAUGAUCAAGAUAAAUAAAGGAAAGCGCUUCCAGCAGGCAGUCGAUGCAGUGGAAGACUUUCUAAAGAAAGCAAAGGGGAAAGAACAGAACUCUGAUGGCAAAGGAGAUUUGAAAGGAAAGAAAACACCCAACAAGCCACUGAAAAUACUGGAGGAGGAUGAUGAGGAUCUCAGUGCCCUGAAGGACCCCUCUGAGAAGGACUUAACUGACUCUGACCCCGAGCCGUCCACUCUUGAGAGGCUGGGGGCUGGACCUGGCUCAGCAUUCAAAUGGGAAAGCAGUCCUGUGAAGGAUGACCCUCAUUUCCAUCACUUCCUACUCAGCCAGUCUGAGAAGCCAGCCUCAUCAAUGGAACCUAUUAGCAAGCGCCUGAAGAUCGUUGAAGAGGACACAGGUUCAACAUCUAUCCAAGCAGCAGACAGCACAGCCAUCAAUGGCAGCAUCACACCCACCGAUAAAAGGAUAGGAUUCCUUGGUCUGGGGCUGAUGGGUAGCGGUAUAGUUUCCAACCUGUUGAAAAUGGGUCAUGUUGUCACCGUGUGGAACCGCACAGCAGAAAAGUGCGACCUGUUCAUCCAGGAGGGUGCCAGGUUAGGCCGGACUCCUGCAGAGGUGGCCUCCAUGUGUGAUAUCACGUUCUCCUGCGUCUCUGACCCAAAGGCUGCCAGGGAUUUGGUACUAGGACCCAGUGGAGUGCUGCAGGGAAUCAGACCGGGCAAAUGCUACAUAGAGAUGUCCACUGUAGACCCAGAGACCAUCACAGAACUCUCACAGGUGAUCACUUCACGGGGCGGCCGUUUCCUGGAGGCUCCGGUGGCGGGAAGCCAGCAGCUCUCCAACGAUGGGAUGCUGGUCAUCCUGGCAGCUGGCGACAGAACAGUCUACGAGGACUGCAGCAGCUGCUUCCAGGCCAUGGGCAAGAGCUCCUUCUUCCUAGGUGAAGCAGGGAAUGCAGCGAGGAUGAUGCUGAUCCUCAACAUGGUGCAGGGCAGCUUCAUGGCCACCAUUGCAGAGGGGCUAACCCUGGCCCAGGCCACCGGCCAAUCACAGCAGACCUUCCUGGACAUUCUGUGCCAGGGCCAGAUGGCGAGCACCUUUGUGGACCAAAAAUGCCAAAAUAUUUUACAGGGCAACUUUAAGCCAGACUACUAUUUGAAACAUAUUCAGAAGGACCUGAGGCUAGCCAUCUCCAUGGGCGACAUGGCCAACCAUCCAACCCCAAUGGCUGCAGCUGCCAAUGAGGUAUACAAGAGGGCUAAGGCACUGGACCAGUCGGACAACGAUAUUUCUGCAGUCUACAGAGCCUACAUUCACUAGACCGAGGUGGGACAGACCCUCUGGACCACGCAGUCUUUAUUAUUAUUUCUCCCUCGUCAUGUAAUGAGUUUUUCAUUUUCAUUUUAUUUCUUUUUGCCCCAGCGCAGGCCGUGUUACCUGCCCAUGAGUCAUGGGAUUGUAAUUCUUUUGUUAGAGGCAACUUUGAGCAUUGCACUGACUGUACUGGGGGAAUAUAUGCUGUAAGAGUGCUCCAGCUGUGGUUGCUCUUGCAGUUCGUCUGGUUUCUGACAACAUCAGAAAAAAAAAAACAGAAGUAAAGUU